CAGUGUGCAUCCUCAAUCGGAAGCCCAUUUGUUCACGGACUUCCUGAUUGCAAUGCUGAACAAGCCACAGCCUAUGUCAGUCCACGACUCCAAGAUUCUUCGCACCGAAUUCCACAAAUGGCGUAAAAUGCUCAACCAAUCGCGCUCUACGCAAAAUGCAUUGCCACUGGUACCAUUUGCUGACGCGCUUCAAGGAUAUCGCUCCGAAGCAGGCGGUGUGAAGGACGUCAGCAAUACGUUCACUUUUAUCGCUGCUCAAUUUGCCGUCAUAGAAACGUGCGAGCAUGUGCAUCUUCAUGCACGCACGUUGAUUGUCUUCUGCUUCGUCACGGGUAUGUGCUAUAAUUCUCUGACAGGCGUCACCGUCGAUCCGAUCCAGUUCCUUGAACACAAUCAAAUACAAAUCACGCUGCUUUCUCGCAAACGUGGACAUCGAUCGUCGACGCCAGGCAACUUCACUCGACCGCUCAGUCCGGAACUAUACACUUUCUUUUCCAGACACCUGCUGAAUACCAUUCGUACCCAACUACCGACUCUUCUUCCUGGUGGUUUUAAGAAAUCACUGACGACGCUGAAGACAUACUUAGUCCAAUCAGGAAUACACGCAAUUAUUAUCGAGAAAAUGAAGUGGCAUGGUCUCCGUCGUGGAUUUGUGGCUAGUUGCAAGGAUUUGGGCGUUCCAGACCGCAAUAUCGCUACAACUCUCUGCAUCAAAGAAAACUUCUUGACUUCUUAUCGCCGCGCAGCGGCUGUUACGGACGCAGAUAUUCACUACAAUGGAUGUUUGCGCACGCCUGCUUUGCUGUCAAUAGUACGCACACGUUUUGACCCUCGUGUGCUGUAA